AGGAGGGGGAGGAGGACGGGGAGGAGGAGGAGGAGGAGGGGGAGGAGGAGGGGGAGGAGGAGGAGGAGGAGGAGGAGGACGAGGACGAGUUGGGGCCAUGGCCUCGCCCGCGCCCUCGUCGCGACCAGCGUCGCGGGCCCACGGGCGCCGGCAGGGCGUCCCUUGCGACGCUGGUGGCGGGUCCCUGUGCGCCGCGUAGGGUCGGGGCCACCUUGAAGGGGCCCAGGCACAGAAACACAAACAAAGAAAUGCACACUCAUCGCAAGAUUCCCUAUCGUUUUCCAUGCUUUCUGGGUAUAGGUGCCGUUUCCGCCUCUGAGUUCCAUCGGCUGCGAGCAAGCGGAGCCGUUCGCAAGCAGAGCUCAUAUCUGCAUGCCGACCCCACGGCCUGACACGCCCGAGCGCGGGCGGCACGCCGAGCUAGGCACGCAGGGAAAGCUCCCAGGCGCGUAGCAGUCGGCAACAAGUGAUGAGCCUGUUUUCCACCACCACCACCAUAAGUGAGGAGGAGGAGGAGGAGGAGGAGGAGGAGGAGGAGGAGAAGAACCCCCCCCCUUCCAACACACGGUGGUGGUGGUGGAAAACACGCCCAUCAACAAGAGCGGAGAGGACACCAGGAGAAGAAUCCUCCUCGAUGGGGUCCGAGCAGAUGGGGUCGAAGGGUCGCGCCGCAUCGCCAAUGCAUCGCUGAUGCAUCGGCGAUGCUGCGGCGACGUCGGCGACGCAUCCGCGACGUCGGCGUGAG